UAUGUACUGCAUAGCGGAUGCCUUGUAUGUCUGAUAGGGCUGACAGCGUCUAUCCCACCUACUCCUGCUCCGUUACCGGGGCAACACACAGUGAGCGUCGGCUGCUCUGUAACAGAAUUGAGGGGAACAUGGAGGAGAACACUGGUAGAGACGUCGAGACUGGCAGUGAAACUGGAGGAGAGGAUGCCUUGGUGGGGAAUGUGAACAAACUGAUGGUGAGCCCUCCAGGGUACUCAGGAGCUCCCCGAAAAGGACAUCUGGUUUUUGAUGCUUGCUUUGAGAGUGGGAACCUUGGCCGUGUUGACUAUAUCAGUGAGUUUGAGUUUGACCUCUUCAUCCGGCCUGACACCUGCAACCCCCGCUUCAGAGUAUGGUUCAACUUCACAGUGGAGAAUGUCCGCGAGACACAGAGAGUUAUUUUCAAUGUGGUCAACUUCUCUAAGACCAAGAGCCUAUACAGAGAUGGCAUGUCUCCUGUAGUUAAAUCUACCAGCAGGCCAAAAUGGCAAAGGCUUCCAGCCAAAAACGUCUACUACUACCGUUGCCCUGACCACCGGCGCAACUAUGUCAUGUCCUUUGCCUUCUGCUUCGACUGGGAGGACGACGUAUACCAGUUUGCCUACUGCUACCCCUACACCUACUCCAGACUGCAGCACUACCUGGCCAGCCUGGAGCGUAGAAACCUGCCCUACCUACAGAGAGAGCAACUCGGACUCAGUGUGCAACAACGGCGUCUGGACCUGCUGACCAUCACCAACUGUGAUCGCAUGGGUCCAGAGAGGGAUAAGAAGCUGGUUAUACUUACAGCUCGGGUUCACCCUGGAGAGUCUCCCGCCUCCUUUGUCUGUCAAGGUGUGAUUGACUUCCUGGUGAGCCAGCAUCCUAUGGCCCAGAUCCUGAGAGAUCAUGUAAUCUUCAAGAUUGUCCCUAUGCUGAAUCCUGAUGGAGUCUACCUGGGCAACUACAGGUGUUCACUGAUGGGAUUCGACCUGAACCGCCACUGGCAAGAUCCCUCUCCAUGGGCCCAGCCAACUCUGCACGCUGUUAAACAACUCAUAGUGCAGAUGAAUCGAGACCCAAGGGUGAGUUUGGAGUUCUACAUUGAUGUUCAUGCUCACUCCACCAUGCUGAAUGGCUUCAUGUACGGCAAUGUGUUCGAGGACGAAGAGCGUGUCCAGAGACAGGCUGUCUUCCCCAGACUGCUGUGCCAAAACGCUCCAGACUUCUCCUUUUCUAACACAUCCUUUAACCGGGACGUGGUGAAGGCUGGCACCGGCAGACGCUUCCUUGGUGGUCUCCUUGAUGACACAUCCUACUGCUACACUCUAGAGGUGUCCUUCUACAGCUACAUGACAGCUGGCAGCACCGUGCCUGUCCCCUACACUGAGGAGACAUACACGAAACUGGGCAGGAAUGUGGCUCGAACCUUCCUGGAUUACUACAAACUCAACAAUCUUACCAAGGACAGCAAACCAACUCAUAUUCAAAGCUCUGAGGUGAUGUCCCAGACAAGCGAUGAAAAGGGCAAUGAUGCUGGCAGAGACAGAGCGAACAGAGAGAGAGAGAAGAGCCAGGGUGUCAGGCACUAGACAAACAGACGGACACAGGCUGAGCAUGUAUAAAAUGCAGAGCACCAUGGCAGGAGGAUCCUUCACACUUCAUUGCCUUUAGAAGCUUCACAUUUGCCUGGCUCUAAAGACUUAUUUUCACAGAUUUGCAACAGUGAGGUGACUGGUGGUUGCAGGAUAAAAAUCAGAACAAGUGUCCUCCUGGGUUAUUUAGUGACUAUAAAAUGUGGAAUAUGGAAUACCAUGGGGACACAGAGUGGUUAUCCAUUUAUAUUCCAUUUGAGACCUUCAUUCAGCAGCUCCUUUUCUGUUUACACAGAUGUAAAUAAAUGCAUGCUUCCCUGCUGUUACUGACUUAUUUUAUGACUUCACUGGAUGGUGUUAUU